AUGAAUGCAGAAUACCUGUUCAAACCUACAAUUACAUCUAAUCACCCCACCAGGAUUGUGGUCGAGGGGGAUGCAUUGUUGUUAAAUUGUAGUACAACAGGGGGUGUACCAGUUCCCGCCCUCACCUGGAAACGCGGCACAUCUAACGUGAUCAUUGACGCAACAUCUACGUCAACGGUUGGCGGAUCAGGCACGCUUGUAUUCAAUGACUAUUCCUCUAUUGUAGCAUUCAGUGACAAUAGCUCGGUUUAUGUAUGCGAGGCAAAAAAUCCACAUCUCACAGUGAUAUCGACGUUUAUUCUCCUAGAUGUUUAUGCUAUUGAAGUUCUGAUGUCAAAAGAUUUGGACGGUAAAAAAGUCACUUUCAUGGUCCAGCAUCCGGAGACGACUUCCAGCAAUGUUUCGUUUACUAUCAAGAUUUUGUAUAAACCCAGAGUAUCCUUUUCCCAAACAUCUGGUCAAGUACUACAGAAUGAAAACUUUCCCGUAACAUGUAACGUCUCGUCAAGUCUGGACUACAAUGUCACCUGGAAGAUCAAAGGAAACAAUACCAGGCUUGCAAGCUCUGCCAAGUACCUGAUCACUGGAGCUAGAGGACAGACGCUGACUAUAAUCAAUGCAAAUUUCACAGACAGUGUGACCUAUGUUUGUACGGCCAUGAACAGUGCAGGGGAGGCAGUCGAAGCGGCAGAGUUUUACCUCAUCGUGUACAGGGAAGUUGGACAGCCAGUCAUGACCGGCUUUGAUCGGUUUGUAGUACAUGGCACUGCUGUCUCCAUAUACUGUAAUUCCUCUGGGGGUGCUCCUCCGGCGACAUUAUCGUGGGAAAAGAAUGGGGCUCCCCUGACAGCACCGACGCCAACAUAUGGAAACGAUAAUACCAACCCUGUGUCUAGCGUUCUAACUUUCGUGGUUGAUUUCGUGACGGACCAGAAUGCAGUUUUUACAUGCACAGCAAGCAAUUCCUUUAGCAGUCGCAAUGACCAAAAGAGCUUCCAGGACGUACACAUAUUUUCAAACAGUAUGACCCUCUCUGGAACAGAACCAACAACAAUGACUGCUGGGACACUCUAUACGUUCCAUAGUCACACGUCUUGGAUGUACCCGAUACCCCAAGUCCUCUGGUUUAUAAAUAACAUCCGACAAUACAAUGGCAUCGUGAUUGAAAAUGAUUCUGAAAAAGGAACGUACAGAACCAAUUCCAGCUUCAGCUUCACACCCUCUCGGAACGAUAACGGCCAUCAAGCCGUCUGUGUGUUUGAUCACACUCUCCAGACCGGACGCAGCAUAAAUGCUUCACGUACACUUAAUGUGCAAUUUCCAACAGAGAUGCCUAGUAUCAAUAACUUCAGGUCAAGUGUUACGGAAAACGUACCACAGUCAAUACUUUGCACCGUCGUUGGUGGCAAUCCAAGACCUAUAGUGAGAUGGUUAAAAAACAACACCAUAAUCUCGGGUACGACGACCACAGCAACCACUGACGAUGACGGAAACUACGUCACAUCGAAUAAAUAUGACUUCAUACCUACUCAAGCGGACAGCUACGCAGCAUAUACGUGCCAUUCCCAACACGUCGUGCAAAACUAUUCACAGACCGCCAACAUGGGGCAUGUAAAGGCUUUGCCUUCAAACAUCAUACUGCGCUUACCUUCGGAACCAUUGACCGAUAGUCAUCCGAAAAUAUCAAACUCUCCUAAUUUGUUGGUUGGGAAAUCUUAUGAGUUUAAAGCUGAAGUUGGACGAGCAUGGCCUGGACCGACGAUCGAUUGGAUGGUGGGGAACAUCUUUCCCUCCAAUCACACUUCUAACACAAGUGAAAACGCCGACGGAACAGUUCGUACUGUGUCAAGUAUGUUCUAUGUCCCAAAACUUACAGACAAUGGCCAGGACCUGACAUUGCAAGUGUUUCAUCGUCAAACCUCUGAUACACCUAUCGUCCAAACAGCUCCGUUUGUAGUUCACGGCCGACCAAUUGUCUCAAUCAAACCCGAUUCGACCGAUAUUAUAGAAAACAAAGAUUUUCUGGGACGGUGUAAUGUUUCAUCAUCGUUGAAUUCAUACUCUACUAAGUGGUAUAAGGGAAAUACCGAAAUAUCCUCCAGUGCCAAGUUCACAUUAACUGGGGAUUUCCUGACUAUUACAAGUGUCCAGUUUUCUGACGAGGGAGAUUACAGCUGUACUGCUACUAAUGCUGCGGGUACUUCACUACGGAGCAAUGCUGUAGCCAUCAGCGUUAUAUCGGAGGGAGGAGCACCUGCAAUCAGUGGAGCUGUGUCUACCCCAAACGAGAACGAUAUCUUAAUCCUUCGUUGUACGUCAGUCGGCGGUGUACCAACACCGUCUGUCAUCUGGAUAAAGAAUGGUGUUAAUAUGAAUAUUGGUGACACAUCUGUCACAGAGAAUGGGGUGACGACAACAACAAGUGUGUGGACAUAUCAAGUGGCCUAUGCAGACCGUAAUGCCAAUUUCACCUGCCUCGUCUCCAACAGUGUUGGAAACAUAACCAGAACAAGAAUCUUCACUGCCGUAUAUAUUCCACCGACUACUGUUGCAAAUCCGAUAAGAGGUCCCACCACAACAGUGGCAGGAGAAGUAACUACGUUCUUCAUCAACUUUGCGAGAGUCAGUCCUGCACCUAUUGUUUCAUGGUCGAUAGGAGGAUUGCAGUUACCCAGCAACGUGCCGCCAAUUAUCACAGUUCCCACUGCUGAAGGAGCUUUGAAUGCCACGGCAAGCAUCACUUUCACACAAUUGGCGGGCUACAAUGAUAAAGCGCUUGUUGCUUCAGUUAACCAUGCGCAGUCUCGAAUAGUGUUCGACGUAUCAGCUACUCUCACUGUGAAAUCCCAACCGUCACAGCCUGUUAUUGACGGCUUUCCAUUAACACGGAUCGGCGUAGAUGGCGACACUUAUCAGCUUGAAUGUACGACAAUUGGAGGGUUCCCUGUUCCAACACUGGGGUGGUUUAGGAACGGACAACCAAUCCUAACCUCGCCAAGCACAGAUUUCAAUGCGGAUCCAAUCGUCACUACCGCUACCUACAACAUGGCAGUAGCAUUGUCAGAAAAAAACGCUGUGUUCAGAUUGACCCCUGCACCGACGGUCAUGCACUCACCAGUCCUUUGGGAUGAGUCGAACGCUAUCGCCAGCUUUUACGAGGACCAAACGUACAUAAUAAAUGGUUCUAUACCAAGAUAUAACCCAAAAUCAGCUGUCUUUUACUGGCUAAUCAAUAACAUAAUCCAGACUCCGAAACAUACCGCUGAAAGCGUUACAGAUGAAAUGGUUUUCGCCUAUACAUCAGCUAUUGAAGUUCUGAUGUCAAAAGAUUUGGAUGGGGAAAAAGUAACUUUCAUGGUCCAGCACCGGGAGACGACUUCCAGCAAUGUUUCGUUUACUAUCAAGAUUUUGUAUAAACCCAGAGUAUCCUUUUCCCAAACAUCUGGUCAAGUACUACAGAAUGAAAACUUUCCCGUAACAUGUAACGUCUCGUCAAGUCUGGACUACAAUGUCACCUGGAAGAUCAAAGGAAACAAUACCAGGCUUGCAAACUCUGCCAAGUACCUGAUCACUGGAGCUAGAGGACAGACGCUGACUAUAAUCAAUGCAGAUUUCACAGACAGUGUGAACUAUGUUUGCGCGGCCAUGAACAGUGCAGGGGAGGCAGUCGAAGCGGCAGAGUUUUACCUCAUUGUGUACAGGGAAGUUGGACAGCCAGUCAUGACCGGAUUUGAUCGGUUUGUAGUACAUGGCACCGUUGUGUCAGUAUACUGUAAUUCCUCUGGGGGUGCUCCUCUGGCGACAUUAUCGUGGGAAAAGAAUGGGGAUCCCCUGGCAGCACCGACGCCAACAUAUGGAAACGACAAUACCAACCCUGUGUCUAGCGUUCUAACUUUCGUGGUUGAUUUCGUGACGGAUCAGAAUGCAGUUUUUAAAUGCACAGCAAGCAAUUCCUUUAGCAGUCGCAAUGACCAAAAGAGCUUCCAAGACGUACACAGUAUGUAA